AUGGGUCACCCGCAGCUGUACCGGAGCCACCUGCAAAAAUUCGGCCAGGGUUCUCGCUCUCAUGGCAUCUGCUCAGACCUGCACAGUCUGAUCCAGAAAUAUGGCCACAAUAUGUGCCUCCAGUGUUUCCAUCGGUAUGCGAAGGAUAUAGGUUUCAUUAAGUUAGACUAA